AAGAAGAAAUGAUGAGUGAUUUGAACUCUAUUUAUGACCCAAUCUCUUGUAGUUAGAAGAAAGAAGAAAAAAAAUGGAGGGAGAGGGAAGAAGAGAAGAUGGAGAUUGCUCUUAUCUCUGCAUCCCUUUUAACUCCAUCCGCGAUAUCUUUCAAUCGUUCUUCACUAGGUUUCGCGGUCUAACUCCUGAUAAUUCUCCGGUGACGAUAUCACAAGAAGUAGAGGAAGAGACAGAGGUAGUGAAUAUACCGAGGAGUGUGGUGUCGGGGAACGUUGCAGCGCGAAAGGGUAAGCAGCAAACGAGUUCCGGGAAGGGUGGAGGUACCAACUAGGCACCUUCCUAAUUUUAGCUUCCACAAGUCUUCGUUUCAACAAAAAGUCAACUUCAACAUUAAGUUAAUAAUAUUGUUAACAUUUACAACUUCUCAAGCUUAUGUAUAUUGUUAUAAGUAUCUUAUAUUUUAUGUGAAUUAUGUGAUUAUUGACUGUUUGUAAGCUCUUUGAGUCAUUUCAUGUAUGAAUAAAAGAUAAAAGCAAAUUCCCUCUUAUGAUAUAUGAAAAAGUUGUAAAAGAAAAAAUAAUUAAAUAAGGAUGAAUAAAAAGUUUGGGAUUGUGACUGUAAAUAAUAGUGCUGG